AUGCCGUCCUCAAAGAAAACAAAAACGGUCGCGCCGUACGGCUUUUGGGAUUCUCCUAUCUCGACCGACCUCAUGGUGCAAAAAUCCACUGGCCUCAUCGAAGUGUUGAUCCCCGCCAACUCCGAGACGGGUCAAGAAGUCGCUUGGGUCGAGCUUCGUAUGAGCGAGGCUGGACGCUACGCCCUCAUGCACUCCUCCGACCUCUCUUCCGAAAAGGCUACGGAGAUCACUGCUGGCAAGUACAGUUCUCGAUCGGGAGUGCACGAGUAUGGCGGCGGUGCGGCAGCCAGUCUCGCCGAUGGCAGCUUCAUCUUUACCGACUACAACCCCAAAUCCUUCGAUGUGCUACGCGCACAAAAGGACGAGGAGCCGCAGGUUGUGACGCCGGAGAAUGCAGCAAUGCGAUACGCCGACUUCGGACCGCACCCUUCCGACGCAAAUUUGUGUCUAGCGGUUCAAGAGGAUCACACCGAGGAUAAGCCUUCGACCGUAGUCAACUCGAUCGUGCUGCUCGACCUUUCGUCAAAGCCGGCGAAGGUCCACAAGCUUCUGCAAGGCAGAAAAGCGGACGAGAAAACGGAUGUUAAUGGACCGCAACAGAGGGACUUCUACACAUUUGCUCGGUUUUCUCCCAACGGCAAAUACGUCUGCUGGGUCAGCUGGAACCAUCCGAGUAUGCCUUGGUGGGACACGCAACUGUGGGUGGCCAAGAUCGAUAGCUCGGACCCUGCAGCGAUCAAGCUGACAUCACCGACACGGAUCAAGGUUCCUUCACUCGAGGCCGGAAAGCAGCAGGUGCUCCAACAGCCCGUGUGGGCGAUCCCGGCCAACCCCAAGGACGACACGGCCAAGCUUUUCUUUGCCUGCGAUGCAUCUGGAUACCUCAACCUCUACUCUGCGACUGUGUCCUGUGACUCUCAAGGUGACGGUAUCUCGCUAAGCUCGCCAGCGCCAAUUCUGCCUGAGCAUGUCGAACACGAUUUUGUGGGUCCCGCUUGGGUCUUUAACAAUUCGGAUUACAUUCCGCUGUCCCCGGACUUGUUGAUCGUGUCCUACUCGUUGGGCGCGAAGCGGGUGCUGGGACUGAUCAAUCUACGCAGGCCGCGUCUCAUCCCGCUCAAGAGCCCCUACGUCUCAGUGUCGCAAUUUCGCCGUCUGUCUUCGACAACGUUUGCGCUGCUCGCUACGCGUUCCGACGAGCCUGGCUCGCUAAUCCGUAUCGAUCUGCGUGGACUCGCUGCCAACAACUACACGCUGCAGGACUCCAACAUCACCGUCAUCAAACGCUCGUCGACGCUCAUUUCAGACGGCGUGAUCGACAAGGCGUAUCUCAGCGAGGCGAGGGAGAUCGAGUUCCCCACCACUUUGCCUAAUGGAGAACACGCCGUGGCGCACGCUAGCAUUUUUGAGCCCAAAAACAGGGAGUUUGUCGGACCCAAAGGCAAGGCUCCCCCGUGCAUGUUCACGAUUCACGGUGGACCCAGUUCUAGUGCUCAGGUCGGGUUCAACCUGCAGACGCAGUUCUGGACCAGUCGUGGCUUUAUGGUGUGCGCCGUCGACUAUGGUGGAUCGACGGGUUACGGCCGAGAGUACCUGGAGAGGUUGACAGGGCAGUGGGGCGUGACAGACGUGAUUGACUGCGUGGCUGCGGCCAAGUUCUUGGGGUCCAAGGCGAGUUUGGAUCCGAGGCCGUUUGGCGAGCUGACGCCUGCCGAACAGUUGAAGAUCAGGAACGACAUCCAGGCUGCUACUGAGGUUGAGGCGGACUCGGUGGUGCAGGAGGAAACGCUGUCGGGAGGAGGCAUCAAAGUGGCCAUCCACAACAGCACACCUGCGUGGGGCUGGAGCGACGUCCUUCUGGCGGGCGCCUCUCUGGGCGCUGCUGUGUUUGGCGUCAGAUUCGCGAACACUGUCAUGACCAACUAUGCGCACUGCAUCCCACCUCUCGUUCGGCCCACGACGAGCAGCGCUAAACAUGCGGUCAAGCUGGGCGUCGCCGCGCUGUCGCUGCUCCCCUACCUUGGCGCAAAGGUGGGACGCGUGGUCAGCGAGAGUGUGUCUGUGCUGCCAGGGCUGGGUGUGCAGCUGGCGACGACGCGCGGGUUGACGCUUUUUGGUCAAUCGGUGUUUGAGCGCAGUAGCAGUAGGUUGGUGCCCGAAGACCGUGUGGUGGAUGUAUACGUGGGUGAAGGGUAUCGCUUCUUCAGUGUUGUCGAUUACCUUGCGCUUGCUACGUCGAGCGCUGCAGGUGGCGGCAAGAUCGAACGCGUGUUCCCGAACCUGCUGCCUCGUCUGGGAACAGUGCAGCGAGUCUACCGAGCUGUCGCGCCAUACAUUGCACGCAACCACGACGAAAAGGCCCGCCAGCAACCCAAUCGAUCGUCACUCGCCGACCCCUCCGGUAUGCUUAUCAGCGGCGGCAGCGCCGGCGGCUUCACCGUGCUCGCCUGCCUUUGCUUCCACCCGCACGUCUUCCACGGCGGCGCAUCGCGCUACGGCGUCUCGUCGCUCAAACUGCUCGCCGAAGAAUCGCACAAGUUCGAGUCCCAGUACCCCUUAAAACUCAUCGGCGGCACACCCGCCUCCCACCCGGAGCUGUACCACGACCGCUCGCCCAUUUACGCCGCAAGCCACAUCCGUGCGCCCAUCCUGCUGCUCCAGGGAAGCGCGGACAAGGUGGUCCCCAAGAGCCAGGCCGACGAGUUUGUCAAGGAGCUCAAGCGCGGCGGCGGCGUCGAGGGGCGCGAUUGGAGGUACAAGGUGUACGAGGGCGAGGGACAUGGGUUCACGCGGAGCGAGAACGUCAAGGAUGCGUUGGAGGAGGAGUUGCGCUGGUGGCAGACGAGGUGCCUUGUGCGCUAA